AUGGCCUCAGUUGUUGCUGGCCAGUCUGCUCGGAUUGGCCUUCCAAGGCUGGGCAACCGGUUUCUGCGGACCAACAUGUCGACCAGACGCAACCUCUCCUCGUACCUGGUCACUCCCAAGGAGCUCCACGAGGCGCUGAAGAAGAACCCUCCUUCUCCGAUCAGCCCCGAUCCCCGAGUGAUCCCUCUGUGCGCUGCGUGGUUCCUCCCCAACGAUGAACGAACUGGUAUCCAGGUCUUCCGCGAGCAGCGCAUCCCCAAGGCGCGAUUCUUUGACCUCGACAAGGCCAUUGACAAGCGCAGUCCAUACCCUCAUAUGCUGCCGGACGCCAAAGGUUUCGCCGCGGCCAUGAGCGAGCUGGGCAUCCGACGAGACGAUGUCGUCGUCGUUUACGAUACGAAGGAGCUGGGCAUCUUCAGUGCUCCUCGUGUGGCGUGGACAUUCCGGGCCUUUGGCCACCCCAAGGUGCACAUUCUGAACAACUUCAGGCAGUGGGUUGCCGAGGGACUGCCCACCGAGUCUGGAGAGCUGUACAGCGUCGAAUGCAACCCGUACCCCAUUCCCGAGCUUGCGUCGGACAGAGUUGCCACGUUUGAGCAGGUCAAGGAGGCGGUGCUGGAUUUCAACAAGGAGGGCGCAGAAGGGAUUCAAAUCUUGGACGCCAGACCGAAUGGCCGGUUUACAGGCCAGGACCCCGAACCCCGCGAGGGUCUGUCAUCUGGCCACAUGCCAGGAUCAAUCAGUAUUCCCUUCAGCUCUGUUCUGGAUCCCGAGACCAAGACUUUCCUCCCAGCGGACAAGUUGAGAAAGUUGUUUGAGGAGAAGGGAGUUGACCCGAGCAAGCCCAUCAUCUCGACCUGCGGAACGGGUGUCACGGCAUGCGCCAUUGAUACCGCUCUGGAAGUCGCAGGAUACCCUAACAACAGGAAGGUCUACGACGGUAGUUGGACGGAAUGGGCUCAACGGGUUCAUCCAUCUGAGAACUUGAUCAUCAAGUCGGAGUAG